CCGAGGAGGGGAGGGUCGGGGCUUGCCGGCUGCAGGCGCCGCCAUGGCUGCCAUAUUGGGGAGGAAGUGAGAGCAGGCGGCGGCAGCGGCGGCCAGGAAGGAGCCGUUCCCUUUUCCCUUCUGCUCAGGCGGGCGCGGGCCUCCCGCGGCAACGGCGGCCUGCGAGACCCCCGGAGCGGGCAGCGCAGAGGCGGCAGCGGGCGGCGGCGGAGCUGAGCGCCCCGGAGGCGGCGGCGUUGGCCUAAGAUGGCGGACCCGGCGGAGUGUAACAUCAAAGUGAUGUGUCGCUUCAGGCCCCUCAACGAGUCCGAAGUGACCCGUGGCGACAAGUACGUCGCCAAGUUUCAGGGCGAGGACACCGUCGUCAUCGCGUCCAAGCCAUAUAUAUUUGACCGUGUAUUCCAGUCAAACACAUCACAAGAACAAGUAUACAAUGAUUGUGCUAAAAAGAUUGUCAAAGAUGUGCUUGAGGGAUACAAUGGUACAAUAUUUGCUUAUGGGCAAACAUCAUCUGGAAAGACACACACUAUGGAAGGGAAGCUUCAUGACCCAGAUGGAAUGGGGAUUAUUCCAAGAAUAGUGCAAGAUAUUUUUAAUUAUAUUUACUCCAUGGAUGAGAAUCUCGAGUUUCACAUUAAAGUGUCAUAUUUUGAAAUAUACCUAGAUAAAAUAAGGGACCUUUUAGAUGUUUCGAAGACCAAUCUUUCUGUUCAUGAAGACAAAAAUAGAGUUCCCUAUGUAAAGGGUUGCACGGAGCGCUUUGUAUGUAGUCCAGAAGAAGUUAUGGAUACUAUAGAUGAAGGAAAAUCUAACCGACAUGUAGCAGUUACAAAUAUGAAUGAACACAGCUCCCGAAGUCAUAGUAUUUUUCUUAUUAAUGUAAAACAAGAGAAUACUCAAACAGAACAGAAACUAAGUGGAAAACUUUACCUUGUGGACUUGGCAGGUAGUGAAAAGGUUAGUAAAACCGGGGCAGAAGGUGCUGUGCUGGAUGAGGCUAAGAACAUCAACAAGUCUUUGUCUGCUCUUGGAAAUGUCAUCUCAGCUUUAGCUGAAAGCAGUACUUACGUUCCAUAUCGUGAUAGCAAAAUGACGAGAAUCCUUCAGGAUUCACUAGGGGGUAAUUGCAGAACCACUAUUGUUAUUUGCUGUUCUCCAUCUUCAUAUAAUGAAUCUGAAACUAAAUCUACUCUUCUGUUUGGCCAAAGAGCAAAGACCAUUAAGAACACAGUCUGUGUCAAUGUGGAGCUCACUGCAGAACAAUGGAAGAAGAAAUAUGAAAAAGAAAAAGAGAAAAACAAGACUUUGCGUAACACCAUACAGUGGCUAGAAAAUGAACUCAACAGAUGGCGGAAUGGGGAGACUGUACCAGUUGAUGAGCAGUUUGACAAAGAGAAGGCUAAUUUAGAAGCUUUCACAGUGGACAAGGAUAUUACUGUUAUUAAUGAUAAACCAGCUACCACAAUUGGAGUAACUGGCAAUUUCACUGAUGCUGAGAGAAGAAAAUGUGAGGAAGAAAUUGCCAAACUAUACAAACAACUGGAUGACAAGGAUGAAGAAAUUAAUCAGCAGAGCCAACUAGUAGAAAAACUAAAAACGCAAAUGUUGGAUCAGGAGGAGCUUCUCGCUUCUACCAGACGGGACCAAGACAACCUGCAAGCAGAACUGAAUCGCCUCCAAGCUGAAAAUGAUGCAUCUAAAGAAGAAGUGAAAGAGGUGCUACAGGCCCUUGAAGAACUAGCUGUCAACUAUGAUCAGAAGUCUCAGGAAGUAGAAGAUAAGGCAAAGGAAUAUGAACUGCUUAGUGAUGAACUCAAUCAAAAAUCGGUCACUUUAGCCAGUAUAGAUGCAGAGCUUCAGAAGCUGAAAGAAAUGACCAACCAUCAGAAGAAACGAGCAACAGAGAUGAUGGCCUCCUUACUAAAAGAUCUUGCAGAAAUAGGAAUUGCAGUAGGAAAUAAUGAUGUCAAGCAGCCUGAGGGAACUGGCAUGAUAGAUGAAGAGUUCACUGUUGCAAGACUGUACAUUAGUAAAAUGAAAUCAGAAGUGAAAACAAUGGUAAAGCGUUGCAAACAGUUAGAAGGCACACAAGCUGAAAGCAAUAAGAAAAUGGAAGAAAAUGAAAAGGAGUUGGCUGCCUGUCAGCUCCGUAUUUCACAGCAUGAAGCUAAGAUCAAGUCAUUGACUGAGUAUCUUCAGAAUGUGGAACAGAAAAAGAGGCAACUGGAAGAAUCUGUAGAUUCUCUUAAUGAAGAAUUAGUUCAGCUUCGAGCACAGGAAAAAGUCCAUGAAAUGGAGAAGGAGCACUUAAAUAAAGUUCAAACUGCAAAUGAAGUUAAGCAAGCUGUGGAACAGCAGAUUCAGAGCCAUCGCGAGACGCAUCAGAAACAAAUCAGCAGCCUGAGAGAUGAGGUUGAUGCAAAAGAGAAACUUAUCACUGAACUACAAGACCAAAAUCAGAAGAUGAUGCUUGAACAGGAGCGUCUUAGAGUUGAACAUGAGAAGUUGAAAGCAACGGAUCAGGAAAAAAGUAGAAAACUGCAUGAACUUACGGUUAUGCAGGACAGACGGGAACAAGCAAGGCAAGAUUUAAAGGGUUUGGAAGAGACUGUGGCUAAAGAACUUCAGACUCUUCAUAAUCUUCGGAAGCUGUUUGUUCAAGAUCUAGCUACUAGAGUGAAAAAGAGUGCGGAGAUUGACUCGGACGAUACAGGAGGCAGUGCUGCACAAAAACAGAAGAUUUCCUUCCUUGAGAAUAAUCUUGAGCAGCUUACAAAAGUCCACAAGCAGCUGGUACGUGAUAAUGCAGAUCUUCGCUGUGAACUUCCUAAACUGGAGAAGCGACUUAGGGCUACAGCUGAGAGAGUUAAAGCUUUGGAGUCCGCACUGAAGGAAGCCAAAGAGAAUGCCUCUCGUGAUCGCAAACGGUAUCAGCAGGAAGUAGACCGUAUAAAGGAAGCUGUAAGAUCCAAGAAUAUGGCCAGGCGAGGACAUUCUGCACAGAUUGCUAAGCCUAUCCGUCCGGGGCAACAUCCAGCAGCUUCUCCAACUCAUCCAAGUGCAAUUCGUGGAGGGGGUGCAUUCACUCAAAACAGCCAGCCGGUUGCACUGCGUGGAGGUGGAGGACGACAGGACAAAGUUUGCUGAAAAGUAAAUGCAAUGCGAGGAGGAUUGGAUAUCGUACAGAGAGAGUCAUUCCAUGACAAUUAUCUCUCCCUUUGGGGAUUGUAGGAUUAUUUUUUUGAAAAUGUAUAAAUUAUAUCUGGCCUGUACAGCGCUCUCCCUCUUUUACAAAUUCUGCUAACUGAUUCCCCCCCAGAAAAACUAGAGUGCAAUUUUGGCGUCUUGAAAAACGACAUGUUACUUAAAGUGUAGCUCUGUUCAUUACAUGGUUUGUCUUUCAUGUCUUAAAUUUAGUCUGCACUGUGCCAAGUUGAAUGUACGUUAAGAAAAUCUUAGUUUAAUUUUUUUGGCUUAAUUUGUGUACAUUUUAUUGUCUUAGGGAAUGUGCAACAGUGUAAGUAUAUUUUCAUUUUUUAUCACUCUACAUAACACUACAUGUCCCACUCUCUGAAUUAGAACAGCACUCUAUAUAAAAGUUCUCCUGGAAUGCUACAUAGAGCAUUGGAAUUAAAUUUAUUUGUACAAUAUAAGAAUACUGAAGUGUGCUUACAACUGCCAUCAGGCACUGCUGUCCCUAUACCACGGAACUAAAGAGUUCAGUUUGAACAAGGCUAUUUAACUGUUAUCUGUAAAAUGCCCGUUCAUCGGGUUAUUUAGAAAUAAAUAUUGUACAGUAACAAAAGUAAACCUAAGUUUACAAAAGAGUCUUUAGCAAUGGAGUAUCUCAUCUGUCUUGUUCCUGAUUCUACACACAGUAUAGACUGGUGGAGUGAAAACAUUCUGCUUCAUUCUGAUGAGCCUGCAUAUCCGUUUAUCUAUUUCUAUGACGAUUCACUUCCGCUAUUUUAGAAUAGCAAAAUGAGAUAGCGCAAUCUAGAAUUUACCUUGAUAUUCCAGUACAUACACAGUAUUGGAAUUUUGGCUAAAAUUUUAAUUUUCAAUUUGAAAAGCAAAAAAUAAGAAUUACAGCAACUGGGCAAUGAAUUCAAAUUUAUUAAUAAAGGAUAUGUCUUACAUGUCUUUUUAAAGCUGAUGUGUCUGGAAAUCCCAGAGGCAUGCAUUAAAAAAAAAAAAAAAAAAAAGUACUACACUGAAUUGUAUUUGUAAUGCAUUUGUAAGUAGGUAUAUGAAAUGUCCAAAGUAGUAGUUGUCAAAUAUUUUUCUUCUCUUUGCAAUAAAGUCCUGUAAAGUGGCUAAUGAAAUGAAACGUUUUUUGUUUUUGUUUUUUUGUUUGGAGCUCUAAUACUCCUGAACCUGAGUUUUAAAAUCUUACUGCAUAAUUUGCAUAACUUAUUCAUAGGGUUUAGCCACUACAAUUUUUAGAACAUCCUUCUUCUCGAUAGAAAGUAGUCACCAGAUCUUUGAGAAAGAAGAAAUUUAAUAUUACUAAAAAAAAAAAAAAAAUAAAAUAAAAAUUAGCUUUUCAGAGCCAGUUAAUACCAACUUUGUCUAUUAGUUGACCUUUUUUUUUGCUGGUUAUUCAUCUGUGGAAGCAGUAGAGAUUCUAUGACUCUUUAGAGGGCAAAUCACUUUAGACUUUUAUAUUAUAAAUAUACAAAAUAUUUAUAUUAUGAUGGAGCAUAGUCAGAUUUGAGACCUUUAUUCACUCUUUUCUAUAACAACAGAAGCUUGAAUUUUUAAUAGUUUGAUUUUUAAGGGCUGAGUGUAUCCAUCACAAAUCUCACUAUUUUGGAAUUUUCAGCUUUUAAAGACUGUUUUGUUUAAGACUGCCAAACACUCCAAACAUACAGUUGUUUUAGAGCAUGAUUAAAGACUGCACACUGAGAAAAGUAAAGUAACAGUAAACUGUUUUAGAUGAAGUUUCACGUAAUGGAAACAGCACUGUUUGUUAUCUCUGUGUUAACCACAGGUUUUCAGACCUUCUUAAAUUGCAAUCAUAAAAACUUUCUUGAAAAUACAUUCAAAUGAAGCAGGAUUUUUUUCUCAUGCCUGUGAAUGGGGGAUUUCAUUCCUGUAGGUAAUUAUCUUGGGGUUUGGUGCUGAAAAUUUCUGUGUUUAAAAAUAAAUAAAUGGUAACUAGCCUGUAGCUCUCAGUGUACAUCACCUUUUUAUAUUUAAACUUUUUUAUUUAAAACCUUUGAAGUUUACCAAGAACUGCCUCUUAAAAUGUUUUAAGAAAAAUAUAAAUCUGUUUUUCUGUUUUUGUUUUUUCUGGUUUGGCUGUCAUGUCAGCUGGACAGGACAAUUACUGUUUUUUGUAAAUUAAAAUAUUCAGCCUAUACAGGGAAUGUUCAGUACACUGCUGUUUCAACCUGCAGUCUUUGAAUGGUUCUUUGAUGUUCCUCUAGAUCAUAUUUUUUAAAAGAUGGUUUAGGGUAGGAACUGGGUGAAAUAAUAUUUAUUUCUGGUGAACAACUAAAUUAUUUACAUAACUUAAAUACUGACUCACUACUGUGUGUAACUCUAAAUUUGACAUGAGAGGACGAGUCUACCUGUGGAAUAUGAUAAUUUAACUUCAGUACACUGAAGAUGCAUUAAACAAUUGAUUUGGGGAAGACGCCAUAUAGUUUUAACUUACCUGCAUGCUGUAAAUGUAUUUGUGUUUAAAUAAAGAGACAAAAAAUCUUUGAA